AUGCGCACCAAAUAUGGCAAUUUCUCCUGCACCUACGUACCGAUUUUGAGGGGACCAAACGACAACAUCGUAAUAGAUGGGAACGCUAUAGAAAAUAUAAUGGAUCAAACCCCGCUGCAAACAGAUUUCUUCCGCGUCACAUGCAUCAACAAGGAUGGUAUACGGUAUCACAAUGUGCAUAGCGGCAUUGCUGUCAAUAAUGACCUCCAUUAUCGAGCCGAGAAAACGCCUUUGCCUACAAAUGCUCUAGGUCUCAGUGUCAUCAUGUUUGGCUUAGAUUCAGUGUCUCACAUGACCUGGAAGAGGAUGCUACCGAAAACUUACGACUACUUUGCCCAGCUCGGUGGUAUGGUUCUAGAAGGUUACAAUAUUGUCGGCGAUGGAACUCCACAGGCGUUACUACCGAUCCUCACCGGUAAGACGGAAUGGGAAUUACCAGAAGCACGCAGAAGCCAUGCUAACGCCAAACCAGUUGACGAUCAUCCAUGGGUGUGGAAAGAUUUUAAAAGAGCCGGUUACGUGACUCAGUGGGGUGAGGAUAUGACAAACAUUGGGACUUUUAAUUAUAGAAUGCUGGGUUUCCAAAACCCACCUGUUGACCACUAUAUGCGACCGUUCUUCUUAGAGGCUGAGAAGGUCUACCGUUUCAAUAAAGACUACUGUCUUGGUUCGCAGACAAGGCAACAGAAUUUUAUUAAUUGGCUGAAGCAGCUGCUCUUAAUGUAUGGCGAAAACAGGAAGUUCUCGUUCAUGUUCCACUCAGAAUGCAGCCAUGGUGAUAACAAUCUAGUUCAACACUUAGACGAUGAUUUAGUUGAUUUUCUUAAGUUUAUGGCUACUUCGGGCCAUAUGAACCAUUCCAUCUUGAUAUUCAUGUCUGACCACGGGGCGAGAUUUCAAAAUAUCCGGGAGACUGUGCAGGGCAAAUUAGAGGAACGCAUGCCACACUUCGGUUUCUUAUUUCCUCGAUGGUUCGCAGAUAAAUACCCCGAAGCAUACGCCAAUUUCAAAACAAAUACCCGCCGGCUGACCACUCCUUUUGACAUUCACGAGACUUUCAUGCACCUCUUGAACUUCACGGACUUUAGCACCCCGGACCUGAAGUCCCGAGCAUUCAGUCUCUUCAGAGAGGUACCUAAAAACCGGUCGUGUAGAGAUGCCGACAUCGAACCUCACUGGUGCGCAUGUCUCGUUUGGGAGAAAGUAUCGACCAACGACGAACGGGUGAAAAAUGCAGCUCUAGAAACAUUAAAAGUGAUGAAUGGACUAACUUCUGAACUUCGGUCCGAUUGCCGAAUCCUGCAGCUGGUCAAUGUGACCAAUGCACUGCGCCUGCGCGCCAACCAACAAGUUCUCAAAUUCAAAAGAAGUAGUGAUGUAGACGGACGAUAUGCUGACCUUUCUGACCAAAUGGCCGAAAAGGAGUAUCUUAUUCAAGUGACUUUUCGAGUCACGCCCGGUGAUGGCCUGUUUGAGGCUACAGUUAAGCAUAACGUUGCCCUGGCCACAUACGCUGUGAACGAAAAGGAAAUCAGUCGUAUUAAUAAGUACGGAUUAGCGCCAAGUUGUAUUGCGUCUCGUCAUCCUGCACUUCGUCCAUAUUGCUACUGCGCUAAACAAGCUUAA